GUUGCUGUUAGGUUGCCCUCAGCGUUUACAUACUACGGAGUAAUAUUUUCUUCUUAAUGCAUGGAGAGGGCAAUGCCAUGGAGCAACCAAGUGGAUGUUUUGUCAUCCGACUCAGAUUCAGAGGCUGUUAAUGGGAAUGAUAAAGCAAAUGGAAGUCAUAAGAACACAAUCAAUAAACCGACUGAAGAAAAUGUAUUGGAAGGUGCAAUGAUCAGACGAGCAGAAAUGUAUCAGGAAUAUAUGAAGCAGAUUCAAAUUCCUUCUUACCGUGCAUCACAAAUUUCGUUUAAUUCAUGGCAGGGACUAGCAAAAUCCCUCAAGCAGUUAUAUGGGCAACCCCUGCACUAUCUCACCAAUGUCCUCCUUAAACAGUGGGACCAAUCAAGGGUUGGAACUGAUAAUGAAUAUCAGCCGUUGGAUACCAUCAUUCAUUCUUGUAAAGCCGAAGCUACCAUCUGGCUCAUGGAAGAAAUCCACAGGUUUACCACUUCACAUCACCAUAUAGCAAGACUCUGGCUUUCUGACCCCAUGCACCAUGCGUAUGUUGAUCCAAUCUUUCCACGGAUAUGAAAAUUGUGUCCCAAACCUACCUGUUUCCAAACCCAUGAAUAGUAAUUGGGUGUUCUGUAAAAAUUAAUAGAUAUGGUUUUGAAUCCAAGCAUUGUC